AUGGCUUUUACCACCCGCUCAAAGCGUGACAUCAGCGCACUCCCCGCGACGGAGACGGGCAAGAACAUCGGCCCGGGGUCAUAUCUCAGCCCGUCGCACUACUCCGCAAAACCCAACCUCGCUCCCUUUUGCUCGUCACGCGACCGGGGAAUCGCCCCGCCCACUGCCCGGGACAGUGUGAAUACCCGCCAAAUAAACCCCAGCUCCUCCGAGGAGCUCGCGCUCGGGGCCCGGGACUUUUCCAUCGGGUCCUUCGGGGGGUAUUCACACCCCUCACGUCCGAGCAGCAGUUUUGCUGAGGGGGUGUCGAGAUUCGAGGAUAGGCGACGGUCCUCUACCCCCGGACCGGGGGCGUAUGGACAGCUGUCAACGCGGGAUUGGUUCAAGGGGAUCCCCCGGGCGCAGGGGGAGGGGCGGCGCCGGGCGGUGGUUUUCAAGCGGGCGGUGUCGGCGCCGUCGGUGCCGGCAAAGAAUCAGAGCUUUGGGUAUGACGAGGAAGAAUCGGGGGAGCUGAUUAUGCAGGGGCCUCCACUACAAGAGGGCCACAGCGGUAUUUCCGGGGACCUUCCUGGACCGGGGGAAUAUGCCCCGAGGCCCGAACCUAGCGCCAAAUUCACCUCGUUCAGCAGGACAGUAGGCCAUCAACCGAUCGUGGAGGAACGGUCGGCGAGCGCAAUCCCCGGCCCCGGGUACUACGAGCGGUCGGUAGACAAGCGCUCGGAGAAGCGGCCCCAAACGAGCAGCGCCUUUGUGUCAAAGGUCCCCAAAGCGCACCAAGUGGCGGUGAAAGAAGAACGCUUGACACCAGGUCCGGGCCACUACGGCACUCUCGGACUCCAGGCGGAGAGGAGUGUCAUUCGCAGCCCGACACCUUUUGGGAGUUCCGAGCGGCGCGCAUACGAGAUCGACGACAGCGCGCUCGUAUCCGCGCCCACCAUCUACAUCACCCCGGGGCCGGGCGCUUAUGACGUCAGCAGCGCGCCACGUGGCAGCAGCAAGAAGGCCCUGCCGGUCAUCGUGCCGUUUGCGAGCACAGCGCCCAGGUUUGAGGAAUUCGAGCCCGCCACCCCAGAGCCCGAGGCCGUCACGAACUCCACCUCAAGUCCGCCGGAAAAGAAGAAACACAACGGAAAGUCAGCGGGCUUCCUGAGCACCGCCCAGCGCGGCCUGCUGGGGGAUCCCCCCGACUCGGGCGAGACGGAGGCGCGGCUGCUCGAUAGCGUAUUCGGCGCGCUCGCGCGCAGCGCCCGCGAAACGGCGCGUCGAAGCCCCAAGAGGGACAAGCUGGUCUUGGUGCAAUACAGGGAUAACGGUUCGAAAAAGGUCCCGGUGGAGAGCGGGGGCCAGGGGCGGCCUGGGGUUAACGAAGGGUUUAGAAAACCGGGGUCCAUGUUCGUUUCCAAGCUGCAACGGUUCUCGGAACCGAGACAGGUGGCCGAGUCUCCUGGGCCCGGGGAGUACCACCGGGACGAAAAUUGGGUCAGACGUAACCGGCAAAACAACCAGGGGAUUUUGCCGCCUCGGAGAGCGAGCUCGGCCGAACCUGGUUUCGAAUCGACGGUCGCUCGCUUCGCUUCAACCCGAAAAGACGGGGUGAGCGUUCCGGGGCCGGGGGCUUACUACAGCCCCAGCAGUUUCGUCGAAUAUAAGGGCGCGAUGUCGGAGCUCCAUAAGCUGGCGUUAAGCAAGCGGGAGUCACUGUGGGGGACUAGUGGAAGGUUCGCGGACCGGACCAAUAGCUGGACGCCCGGGCCGGGCGCUUAUGAGGCGCGGGACCCGUAUGGAUCGGUGGUCAAGAAGACGUUCAACGUUACCUUGGAUGCACCCAAAGAUAUAACGUAA